AUGACAAUUUCCGAAAUCGCUCAACCAAUAUCAGACGAAGAUUCCUCAUGGAAACCCAAAGCUUCCACAAAGCUUCAGGAAGCAAGAUCAGAAUUGCCUGGUCAUUGGGAAUUGCCUGUUGAUGUGUUGGAAAAAUUUUCCAUGACUUCUAAAGAUCACGUCUUGGAUCUUCCACAAAUGUUCUUAUCACCUGAAGAAAUCGAGAUCACCAAACUGCAACCCGCUAGUAGCUUGGUGGAGAAAAUUGUAAGUGGUGAAUAUUCUGCUCUUCAAGUUUUAGAAGCCUUUUCACAUCGGGCAGCCAUUGCUACUCAGGUUACUAAUUGUUGCACGGAGCUCAUGUUCUCUUAUGGAAGAAAAAGAGCCUUAUAUUUAGACGAAUAUUUGAAAGAGCAUGGAAAGCCAAUUGGACCAUUGCAUGGUUUACCAAUAUCAGUUAAGGACUCUUUUAAAAUACCAGGUUAUGAUUCAACACUUGGUUAUGUUAGUUUUAUCGGUAACAAAAAAGAUAUCACAGAGCCAUCGCCAAUGAUUAAGUUGAUGAUUGAUCUCGGUGCGGUUCCUUUUGUCAAGACAAAUUUACCACAAACUUUGAUGACUGCAGAUUCCGAAAACAACAUUUUUGGGAGAACUCUGAACCCAAUCAAUCUGACAUUGACUGCUGGUGGAAGCUCGGGAGGAGAAGGGUCUUUGGUGAAGCAGCGUGGUUCAGUUUUCGGCAUUGGUACCGAUAUUGCAGGGUCGAUUCGGAUUCCGGCAUUGUGCAACGGUGUUUACGGCUUCAAACCAACCACUAAUAGAAUUCCAUUUGCAGACCAAGUUGCACCAGCCGACCCAACAUACCUUGGUUUCGAGCCUUCUGCUGGUCCAUUAGCUACGAACUGGGACGAUAUUGAGCUCUUUAUGAGACAUGUUUUGAAUUCUGAUCUCAUAAAAUAUGAUAAAACAUGCAUACCUUAUCCAUAUAAUGGUUCAAUUUCAUUGCCUUCCGUGUUAAAGAUUGGCCUUAUCACGGAGGUCGACUAUUUUCCUCUGCACCCCACAAUGGUUGAUACUCUGGAAAAGGCUGCUGGGAAAUUAAGAAAAGCUGGCCACGAAGUACAAGAGCUCAGAAGUGACAUUGUUGACUUUUAUAAAGAAGGCUUCAAGACAUGUUUUGGCAUGUACAUGAUCGGUGCCUCUGAGCUUAAAAAUGGUUUUGAUAUUUUGAAGGAAGAAGAUGAACCAUUAAUUGACUCCCUCAAAAUGAAUCCAGGAGUUGUUCCCCCACAAAGUAUAGAUGAUUUAUACAAACUCAAGGCUAGUCAACAGAAAGUCAAAGCAAAAGCCACUUCUCUUUUUGAUAAUUUUGAUAUUAUUAUCUGUCCUGGGAAUGCCGGAGCUGCUCCUCCUCAUGAUGAAUACGGCAUUCCACCAUUCACGUGUAUCUGGAACCUAAUUGACUUCCCAGCUGCUAUAAUCCCAUUUUCUACGAUUGACAAAGAAUAUGAUGUUGAUACAUCGCAGUAUCCUCCGGAAUUACUUCAACCUCGAACAUAUCCGGUUUAUAAAGAGAAUACUUACUUAGGAGCCCCUGGUCAUAUUCAGAUCGUAACUCCAACCUUUCAGGAUGAAAAAUUGUUAGAAAUUGGUAAAAUAAUCGACAGUGUUUUGAAUGCUUAG